UCCGAAAUGGAUGAUGGUGGUUCGUGACUCCGGCAUAUCUUUUUAAUUUGUUUUAAUAAGAUAAUUAGAUUAAUUAUUAAUGUAAAUAUAUAUUCAUCGUGUAAUUAGUGAUAGAUUGUUGCUAUUUUAACCGUUGCAAUGGACCUCCACCGGCCGGUUGAUCCUAAUAAGACCUACGAGGAAUUGACCUCGGAGGAGAAACUGAGAUAUGACCACCAGAAGUUGCAUGAGAUGCACCGCGGCCACGAGUCGAUGCACACCUCGAUGGUGAUGAUCCUCAUAAUAACGCUCAUCGUCGCGCAAGUCAUCGUCGUGGAAUGGAAGAAGAGACACUACAGAUCUUAUGCGUUCUUCACGAUGGUUGCGAUGUGGUCUAUCCCGGUGCUGAUGAGCGCGCGGAACCAGUGGUGGCGGUUCAUCAUCGUGUGGUCCGUCUUCACGCUGCUCACCGGACUCGUCAUCAGGAAGUCGAGCUGCAAGCCGAUGUCGGUCACCACGCCCAGAUUAGUAUACAAGUGGUUCUACUUAAUAUACAAGCUGAGUAUAUUUUUCGGGCUGUUCGGAUACGUGGUUAUGAUACUGACCUUCAUGGGGGUGAACCUGGUGUUUGGCCACAAGCCACAGGCGUGGAUGGACGUGGGCCUCGUGUGUCUGUUCUACGGGCUAUACUUCGGCGUGCUGGGCAGAGACGUCGCUGAGUACUGCGCGGACAAGAUGGCCGCGUCUAUUGGGUACUACACAAAGGAAGGCAUCCCGACGCGGCAGCUGGAGACCAACGUGUGUGCCGUGUGCGGCAACCAGCUGCUGGUCAACGAGCAUGAGGAGGGAGUUCUAGAGAACACGUACAAGCUGACGUGCGGCCACGUGUUCCACGAGUUUUGCAUCCGCGGCUGGUGCAUCGUGGGCAAGAAGCAGACCUGCCCCUACUGCCACGACAAGGUCGACCUCAAGCGGAUGUUCACCAACCCCUGGGACCGGCCGCACAUACUGUUCGGGCAGCUACUGGACUGGAUCCGCUGGCUGGUGGCGUGGCAGCCGCUCGUGCUGUUCAUGGCGCAGGGCAUCAACUGGCUCUUCAGCCUGCAGUGACUCAAGCCCCGCCCACGACCCACAAGUGACAGUAAGCACCGCCGACGACCUAGGAACAGUGACAGCUACUAGUACCACAUAGUGACAGUGACAGUUGUAAGGACCACCAACGACCCGCAUCUUGAUCACCGCAUCAACUGGCUCUUCGGCCUGCAGUGACUCAAGCCCCGUCCACGACCCACAAGUGACCGAGAAAUAGUGACAGUAAGCACCGCCGAAGACCCACGACGACCUAGGAA